ACCUCUCAGCAGGGGCUCCCUUCGUCUUCCCGACUGCGUGCCUUUUACUACCACAGCUUGGAAAGAGCUUUUCAACGGCCUUAACUUGGGACUUGACUCGGGCUGGACGAGGAGGAAAGAAAGAAUUAUGAAGGGGAGGGACCCUCGCUCCGGGCUGAUGGAGCCUGACAUGAGAUAGCAGCGCACGGCCCAUUUUAGGACAAACGAUGAUCUUCUCCUGGAUGACAUGACCGCUAUAUGACAUAGCAAGCUUGGAUGUACAGACGCUGAGCAAGACGCGCUCCUUAUUAACAAACUACAAGACACACACAUAUAUAUAUUGUUUUACUCCGGGAGACGAUGUUGACGCACAGCAACGGUGCAGUCAUGUGGCAGACCAUUCCUAUUUGCUGUGCCCUGUUUGCACUGUAUGCUGCGGCACCACCCGCACACAUCAACCGCCUGGCGUUGUUCCCUGACAAGAGUGCCUGGUGCGAGGCCAAGAACAUCACGCAGAUAGUCGGGCACACUGGAUGUCAGCCUCGAUCUAUUCAAAACAGAGCUUGUCUGGGCCAGUGUUUCAGCUACAGCGUCCCCAACACGUUUCCACAGUCAACGGAGUCACUGGUUCACUGUGACUCCUGCAUGCCAGCCCAGACUCAGUGGGAAGUGGUUACUCUGGAGUGCCCAGGGAAUGAAGAGACUCCUCAUGUGGACAAGCUAGUGGAGAGGAUCUUCCAAUGCAGCUGCCAGUCCUGCGGCAAGGAAGGCACCCAGGAGGGUGCAAUGAUGCAACUGUAUCCAACUGACAACCACCUGGACCCCCAAUCUUUACCUGACACCCAAAGCAAGACUCAUCCACCCACACACUCUAAGCAUGGCCACACACACGCAGGGCAUCACGCUCUUCCACACACGUCAGACGGCGGAUAGGUGCCUGCCGCUGUACCGUCGUCUACUUCGCAUCCUUGUUAAUGGGUAGUUUUGCAGAAGCACUUUGAAGAUGCGGAUUUCACGUUGUGUUAAAAGCUUCAAACACAUUUACAAAUUCCUUUUAUCUAUUGUUAAUACUGUUAAUUCAUGUCCUAAUUAACACAAGAGCCUAUAAAUGCACUGCUUUUGUUUACUGAUAAAACAUUGUGUGCAUAUGUGUAUCCAGACACAACCAUAGUUUGUUUAUGAACUGCGGUAUCUGCCCUUUAUCUGCAAUGACUCCAAUAAAUUCUGUUAUUGUUUUA